AUACAUUGCAUAAUACAGAGAAAAAAUCAUAUAUUUAUUAAUUUGAAAAAGCUAAUCGAUAUUAAAAAACAAUAGAAAAUAAACAAAUAAAUAAUCAUGUCAAGAUAUUUUCGUCCAUUAACUGGUGAUCCAUUUUGGGAUUCAUUUUGGACAUCGGAACGUUCAUUUUUUGAUACACAUUUUGGUUCAACAUUAACUGAAGAGGAUUUUUUUCCAUCCAAUUAUUUUGUUCGUCGUCGUCCGCUUGGUGCACCAAGAAGUCCAUUGAUUGCACCACAUUCACCUAUAAUGCCCAGUCAUAUGCAUCCAUUAGAUAAAGCUAUGUAUGGUAAUAAUAAUGUACAACAAACAGGUAGUGUUGUUGGUAGUAGUAGUGGUGGUGGUGGUGCUCCAAUCGGUGAUCUGAUUCCAGCUAAUGAUAAAUAUCAGAUUAUGGUCGAUGUAUCACAUUUUAAUCCGGAUGAAAUAUCUGUUAAAAUGGUUGAUAAUGCUGUUAUUGUAACUGGUAAACAUGAAGAUAAAGCUGAUAAUUAUGGUUAUGUUUCAAGACAAUUUUCAAGAAAAUAUCUUUUACCGGCUGAUGUUGAACCUGAAUCGGUAACAUCAACAUUAUCGGCUGAUGGUAUACUUAGUAUACAAGCACCACGUAAACCAUUACAAAUUACUGAUGAUACAGCUGGACGUAGUGUACCAAUUGCUAUUAGUAAUCAAAGUUUAUCACCAGCAUUGAAUUUAGUUCCACCACAAUUUCCACCAACAACAGCUACAGCAUCAGCACAACAACCACCACCAAUGCCAAGUGGUUUAUCCGGUACAAUGACUAUUGAACGUAGUGUUCAACAACAAACAAGUACAAAAACAGCCCAAGAUCAAGGUUCAUCAAAUGUUGCUGAUAAUGUUGGUAUGAAUAUACCGAUUGUACAACAACAACAACAACAACAGAAUCUAGCAUCUCAACCUAAUCAGCAACAACAACCGCCCCCACCACCCCCACCAACUCAAUAAGUAAAAUUAUCAGAAUAUUGGAUAAUUUUGAAGAACAAAAAAAAA